AUGUCUUAUGAGCUGACGAAGCCUGACAAGAGAACUACACCUCAGCUAGGAUCUCCCUUUCUUGCUGAAUCUGUGGCGGGGCCACGAGACGAUUCGAGUACUUCCUAUCAGACCUUGAUCUGGGGCAACCGCCCCAAGAUCCAAAUCAUUGCUGGCCAGCAUCGGAAGCUGGCUCUGAAGAUUCACGAGCCAACCAACUUUACAUGGCUGGCCAACGUCUACGACCUGGACGCCAUGCCGCCGACCACAUUGAUUGAACUUGGAGGUAACGCCACCACGGUCGCACACGCGGCGAGCAUGGGCGAGGUGUUUCGAGACAUCGCAGCCAUUGCGCCACACAUCGCCUCAUCAGAAACUGUCAUCGUUCGACCCUAUCUCACUCCACAAUGCGCACCGACUCUGGAGGAGUAUCUCGGCGCAUGUAGACAUGGAGACAAGGCUAAGCUACAGAAGACCUUCAUGAACGCACUUACCGUGUGCUCACAGCAAAAGUCGAUUGAUAAGCUCAUCAUUGUUCUGGCAAGUCCGCUGAGGGGAGAGCUCUCAAGAUUUGUAAACUCAGGAGCAGGAAUAAAGUUGUUCUCACAGGAUGGAAUGCGCGAUAUGUUCAGGAAACCAGGGAAAUAUCGCGAAUCUGUUCUGAACGCUCACGGGAGCCGAGACAAGCGAGUCGGCAUUUCCAGGAUGGCUUCGGUCAAUGGACAUGCUCACCAUGAUCUCGGAUCGCGACUACCACAAGAUCUACGACAAAGUCGUACAGGAUCAGAAUCCGAGGUCUCCGUUGUUGAGUAG